CACCGCUCUGGUCGAGGUGCAUUGUGGGGAGGAAAGUCGUUGCCAUUCGACCUCUGCGGGGCCUGCGCGGACGCAGCGAGAACCCUGAAAUUCAUUAUGCGUUUAAAACCUUUAUUUAUUUCCGCAUAACCUACAUACUCUCACCGGGAGGGCCAGGCGGGGAAAAGAAACGACGGCGGACCAUCUCUUUCGGAGAAAGACAUCGCUUCCAAACACUCUGUUUAUUCGCCGGAGGGAUAGACACUGCUGGGGAAAGUGAAGAUAGUUUUAUAUAUAUAUAUAAAGAAAAACAUGUCCGGUGAGAGAAAUCGCAGGUCCCUGGCUUUCCGAGGAGGUGGUUCGGCUGGGUUAACGGGCUCCGGCGGCAUCGGCGGGGGGAACUGUAACAGCUGGGAGGCCCCGGCCUGUCAAGACCGACAUUUUAACGGGAAUAGGCCGGAUCAAGAGGACGACAGGGAUCUGGGGGCGAAGGGACCGUCGCAGAAGCGAGCGGAGGGCGCUGGGUCUGUCAGCGACAGCACGGAGCCCGAGGCGGAGGAGGAAGAGGACCCGGAAGGGGGCAGCUGGGCACCCGGGGACGACCGUGCGGGCUCGGUCGAAGGAGACGACGGGAAUAGCUGUGCGGCGGGGAACGGUCCCACCGACAGCGCCGGAGAAGGACAAGAGUCCCGGAGCGUGGCGAGGGGAGGCGAGCCCGGUUCCAGGAAAUCGGGGGUAGAGAUGAGACCGCAGACGCUGCUUCAGAAACACUCACUGUUCAACGCUUCGUGGCUGCAAGACUUCCCGUGGCUCAAAUUCUGCCAAGAGACGGGACUCAUGUCUUGCUCCUGGUGCCACAACAUUGCCACUAAAAACAGCGACGAGCUCGUCAAGGGGAGCCGCAACUACAAGCGGGCCCUGCUGCUGAGACAUCACCUGUCUUCCGAGCACGGGAGAAAUGACCCCACCAAACAGGAGACCGUGAGACCGUCGGACAACACCAGCCCCUCCACUAACUCCUCAGAGGACGACUACCGCAACAAGCCCAACGAGAACUCCUACUGCUACCAGCUUCUGCAAGAGCUGGACAAACAGCGCAAAAGCGGCAUCCUCUGCGACGUGAACAUAGUCGUCUCGGGCCAGGUGUUCCGCGCGCACAAGAACAUCCUGGUGGCGGGCAGCCGCUACUUCAAAACUCUCUACUGUCUGACCAAGAGCGAGGCGCAGGACCAGGCCACUGUCACACACCUUGACGUCGCUGCCGUGCAGGGCUUCUCGGUCAUCCUCGACUUCCUCUACUCCGGAAACCUGCUGCUCACAAGCCAAAACGCCAUCGAGGUGAUGACCGUGGCGAGUUACCUCCAAAUGACGGAGGUCGUACAGUCGUGCAGGGCUUUUAUAAAGGACGCCCUCAACAUCAGCAUUAAGCAGGAGGCUCCCGACUCGGUGGUGGUGGACUACAACAAGAGGCAAACGGUGGCCAAAGACGGCCAGAGGGGGCUGGACCGGAAACCCAGCAACUUUUGGGCCACGAGCAUCCUGUCAAAGCUGUCGAUCAAGGCGAGCGGCAACCAAGCCAAGGACGCAGUCGAAGAGAAUGACGUAAACGGCAGGGUAAAGGAGGAGACCAGCGACGUAGAGGUGACGGCGGCCGGGGCCGAGGGCUGUGCCCUCGUGACCUCGGGGGCCUCGGGUAACUGGAGCCACCACAAUGACACCUCGUCUGAUUCUGCAGAGACCAAUGACAUCCGGGCGGCAAGCAGCCAGACGCAGUACUUUGUCUGGAACGAGCCGGUCACGUGCGCGGCGUCGGCGCCCGCCGCCAUAAACCGAGAGGCGUCGGACGCGGCCGUGGGAAGCGGGCGGAGGAAAAAACAGACCACCACGAGGCGAUUCGUCUACAACUUCCAGCCAGAGCCAGAAGAAGGAUUCGACGAGGGGAUGCUCAUCCAGCCGUCGGCCUCCUACCCCAGAGACGACUUCUCCUCACUCUCUGAAAAUGCUGAGCUGGCCAAUCAGAUCCAGUAUAGCAUCAUGCAAGACUUACAGCAAGGGGAGUCCUGGGAGAAUGGCGAGGCCUCGCACCUAGCCCUCAAUAAGCUCAAGUGCCCCCACUGUAACUACAUCGCCAAGCACCGCCGCACACUCAAGAGGCACCUGAUCAUCCACUCAGGUGUGCGCUCCUUCAGCUGCGACAUCUGCGGCAAGCUCUUCACCCGCCGCGAGCACGUAAAGAGACAUUCCCUGGUGCACAAGAAAGACAAAAAAUACAAGUGCAUGGUCUGCAAGAAGAUCUUCAUGCUAGCAGCCAGCGUCGGCAUCCGUCACGGGUCGCGGCGCUACGGCGUCUGCGCCGAUUGCGCCGACUCGCACCAAGCCACUCAGGAGGGCAUGGAGGGCAUGGAGUUUCCUCGCGACGAGGACUUUGACGGGGAAGAAGUGGAGGACGUGGAGGGAGAGGAGCCCGCCGACAACGACCAAUCAAACUGGGGCGAGGGCAACGCCGCUGGCGCCCCAGUGGAGGACUAAGAAAUCUAAACAAGCUUGAGAAACAAAUCUGAAAAAAAUUAAGUUGAUGUUUAAUAUAUAUAAAUGUAAACAAAACCUAGCUGGUAAACAAUCAACUCCAAAGUGCUAUCAAACCUCGAGGUUACUUAAUUGUUCAAGUACACAACAAAGAGAUGAUUUUUUUUUUUUUUUAAAGCUUUGUUAGUAUGGGAACUCCAAGAUGUACAGAUGUUAUUAUUAUUAUUAUUAUUAUUAUUAUGAUGUGUCCAACUCUGGGCCCAGCGCCUCAAAGAGAGUGAUUCUAAUGACGGAUUAUAUGAUGAAUCAGGUUUAUGGUGAUGUAUUUUUAUUUCCUGUUUGUUUUCGGGGUGCGAGUUGGGUGGGGUGUUGUAAUUUUUAUUAUUUCUUUUUCAAGUUGAGGUAGGCCAAUCAUCUAAACAAAGAAAUGUUAAUUAUUUAAUUUAUGAAAAGAGCUUAUAAUGGUCUUAUUAAAUGCUAUAAUUUGUUUUUCUGUCGUUUUUUUUUUUUUGUUUUUCUGUGUGCGCGAGCAAUCUGAAAGUGUGUUGCUUGAAGCACACAGACGAAGAGCAUUACUGUCCACAGGAAGAGGGAUACUUGCUCUGUAGAUCUUGUUUAGAGGCGCUAAAUAGUGUAUUCGUUUUUUUUUUUCUUUGUUUGUUUUUUUCGAUUUCCUUUCCCUGCAAAAAUCUUGGAACCAAAAAAUCUGUUUUGUGACUCUAAUGUAUCACAGCCAUAUUUAUGAUUUAAUUUAAAAAGAAAAAAAAGGGCUGUGAUAUUGUGCCAAACAGACCGCACACCAAGAUUUAGCAGGAAUCAAAAACUACUGAAUAUACUUAAAAGAGAGAGAGAGAGAGAGAAAAAAAUAGACAAUGUCGGGUGUUGUUGUUUUAAAUAGGGUGGGGAAACAUGAAACAAAAAUAGAAAAAGACGGGAAAUGUUAUCGCUAGCUUUAUACAAAUCACAGCGUCACAGUAACACUUUAUUAUUAUUAUUAUUAUUAUUAAACAAAAGCAUUUGACUUUCACUUAAAGCUUGAAUUUUUGCCAAAUGACGAAACGUUUGGUGCUGUAAUGCUUGUCGCAGAAUACUGGACCUACAGGCUAUAUAUGAUGUUUAUAAUCAUAAAAGCUUCAACUGACUCAGUUAUGCAUAUUUAAUCAGCUUAAUCUAUAGAACACUGUUGUGCUACGGCGACUAUCAGGUAUGCUUUAUGCCAUCGUUUUGAAGCUUUUUACUUUUUAAUUUAACGCGCGCGCACACACACACCUUUUUAAUUUUUUAAUUCUUUGCUUCUAUUUUGUAAAACUACCAACUGUACUUGUGAUCGCCAUCUUGAGGACCUAAAUGGACAUCGAUUAUCUGUUUGUUUAUUUUUGGUACUGAGGUUGAAAGCUUAAAAAAAAACAGAAACAAGUUCACACAUAUAUAUAUUUCUAAUCACUUGAACGUUGGUUUGUGAUGGGGUGGGGUUAGAAAUGUGCAGGACUUCAUGACGCCUGAUGUUUUUCAAGUCUAAAAGAAACUCCAUUUUGCAUUUUUUUUUUUAAAGUAAUGUCAUCAGUUUAAUUUGUCUUUUUGAGUGUGUGUACAUUUAUUUUUCCUUUAUUGUUUUUUUUUUUUUUUUUUUUUAGGUCUGCCAGGUAGAAAACACUUUGUUCCACAAAAAGUGAAGCUCUAUGGCGCCUCAUAGACAUGCACUUACUUUUCAUGAAAAGAGUCUUCUUUUUAUGUUUGCGUCUCUCCCCCAAAAGCGGGUCUGAAUGGAACUAUAUAAAAACUGUUGUCUUUCUUCCAGUCGCAUAUUUUUUUUUUUUUUAAAUAGAUGUCCUGUUUUUGUUAUUUAAUAUUAUAUAUAUAUAUAUAUAUAUAUGAAUAUAAACUCCAAAAUGCAAUCAAGACUGUUAAUUUCUAUUUGUCCAACCAAAAUUGUUUUUAUUAAUUAUUGUUGGAAUAUAAUGUAUGCGGAAAAGCCAGGUGAAUACUUGCUUAGUGUAGAGAUAAAACGACAAAAAUCCUUGCUCGUGUCUGUAACUGUUGAGAUUUUUUUAAAUGUUUUUAACGCUUCAGAAUCAUUCACUUUACCUUUAUUUAGUUUCAUUUUUUUUUUAUUUUGUCGUCUUUUACACUUAUGUUUCCUCCUUUUUGUUUCACCAAGCACAUGUUUUUUUUUGUUUUGUUUUAUUUUUGUAAAGAAACACAGAUUGUUUGCGGGUUUAAACCUUGGAACAGCAGUAUCUGUUCGUAUGCAGUGGAAUAAUGUAUUGAAGUGCUAAUGAUACCGAAGACGUGUAACUUCCUUUUUACGCUCAGUGGAAGAAGAUAUAUUUUAAGUCAUAGAGAUAUUCAUCCUCUUUGUGUCACUUUUUACCUUUACGUCACAGUAGGGAGAGGUUACGGUGCGGAUUUAUAUAUAAAUAUAUAGAAAAAUAUAUGUUGAGAAUAUAUGAGAUAAAUACGUAUGAAGAAGAAUAUAUGGAAAUAACGGAAAACAGCCACAAACCUCGUGCUGUGGUGAAUUUUUUUUUUUUUUUACCUUUUUGCUUUCUCCGUUCACGCCGUGUGCUCGUUCAUCUCACCAUCUCUGUCAUGUUUGUUCUUUUGAUACUAUUUACCAUCCUACUGAUUUUACUGUAAUGAAUGAAACUCAAAAGCUAUGAUGUAUCAUGAUAGAUUUCAUGCUGUAUUUGUUAUAUGGACAAAAUAAAACCCCACAAAAACUGAAAAAAAAAAUCAACCAAAAAAAAAACAAAUUAAAAAAAAACAAACCCAAACAAAGCAAAAACACUACAGAUGUAAAGCAGAGGUUUUUUUUCCCAGCUGUAUUUUUUUACGCUGUUGCAUAAAAAAAAAAAAAAAGGUUGUAUUUUUCAACUCUUCUCUCUAUGUCUCGAAUUUUAACAGUGAUGCAAAACCCAGGGGCCGCGCCUCAGUGCCCUUUUUUUCCGAACACGAAGCAAAUUCAGGUUACUCUUUUUACGUUUUUAUCAAAGGUUUUCAAAGAUGGAACUACAUUUUCCUUUUUUCUGUCUGAAUUGUACUACUGUUCCUCUCUGUACUACAUUUUACGAAUAAAACUUUGAUAUUGCUUUAA